GAAAUGUCAAAUUGUACUGGCAAUCGAAUAGAAUUUAAAACAUGUGCACAAAUUGUAAAUAAAACCGAAUGUUGUCAUUUCGUGGUGCCAAGUGUAAAGUGAAUAUGAUGUAAAUAAUGUAAAAAAAUUGUGAAAUUUUAUUUGUUAUGAAUUGGAAAAAAACAAGUUAAAAAAUAAUUGUACAAUUAGUUAAAGAGAGUUCAAAAUAUAAUCCACAGACUAUAUCAUCCACCGCAUAAAGUACAGAAAGACGUAAGACAAAAAAGAAUAGAAUUGAAAAGUAAAAUCCGAUAAAAAAUUGAGCAAGUGAGUGAUUUAAUGGAGAGUGUGUUUAAAUAAAUGAGAAAAAAUCAAAUAAAAGUAAAGGAAAGGGGGGUUAGGAAAUAAAAAAACAACAACAAUUACAUGCAAAAAACGUAACUACCCAAGUAAAGAAAGAAAAAAAAACAGCAGCAAUUGAAAAUUACUGGAUUUCUCUCUGGCUCUGGCCAGGUCUCACUCAUUAUGGCCGCUUUAGUUUAUUGUGUGUGCAGUGCAUUGAAUGAUCUCUACGUCUUUUCAAAUGCCUACAGACGGUGUAAUUAUAAUUUUACACAAACAAUAAAAUAUCUAAAAUACAAAGAACGUUUGAAAUUAUUCUAUAAAUAUUGUUGUGAUUUUCGCGAAAAUUAUUAUCGCAAUACAGUAAAUAGUGCCAAAUUACAAGACCAAGACAAUCAUCAUCAUCUGCAUCAAAGGCCACCGCUGUUGUUGACAAGAAAAAUGUAUAAAUCUAAUCGAAGUGGAAUUGAUUUUGCAGCCAUAGAAGCAUCGGCGGAGGCAUUUGAAGUCAUUGACGCUUUUGCGGCGAAAACACCACACGGUUCGGUGGAAAAUUUCUUAGAAGCUGAAAGAAUCAAUACGAAUUUUCGUGAGAACUACUUUGAGGAUGACAUAGAAAUUAUUAAUGGCGUAGAAGCUGAAUAUGAAGAACGCCUACAAGAUUUUGAGGCCGAAGAUGAAGCCAUUUAUCACAAUCCAACUUUGGGCGAAUUACACGAGGGUGUUAGUUUUACGGUAACGGGUAGAACUAAACGUCAUUGUGAGAGAUUUUCUAUAAAUUUUAUUGUGGAAAAUGCUACCAGAGAUUUGGCCUUACACAUUAAUCCACGUUUACCUCAAAAUUAUAUAGUACGCAAUUCGAAAGUUCGUAAUGUUUGGGGUCGUGAGGAGGUGGCCUCUGCCUUACCAUUCAGUCUUCGGCGAGGUGCACCAUUUUCCAUACAAGUUCUUUUUACCGAAGAGUGUUAUAUGAUCUCUGUGAAUGGUUAUCAUUUUUGUAAAUUCUAUCAUCGUUUACCCUACAAGAGUGUUCAAACUAUGGAGGUUAAGGGUGAUAUAGACGAUGUCAGCGUAGAACGUAUGAUUGUUAGUCACUAUCCGGAACGUUUACCGGAAUCUAUACCAAAAUCUAUACGUUUGCACAAAUCUCUAAGAGCUGGUCAUGAUCCCGACGAGGAGGGUGGUGAUUUGACGGAUCACGAAGAGAAACAGGCCACACAAUGGCGUGAAGUUGUUGUUAAAGAUAAGAUUUGUCAUGAACCGAAUAUUUUACGCAAAGAUGAAAUGAAAUUACCCUAUUAUGGUGUCAUACCAAAAAAUUCAUUUCUCUUGGGUCAUGUCAUUAAGAUUGAGGGACGUGUUCGACUUUUGCCUCAAUCUUUCUAUAUUAAUCUACAGUCCGGACAUGAUUGUUGGCCACAUCCAACUAUUGCUUUGCAUUUAAAUCCACGUUUUAGUAAACAGAGCGUUGGUCCUAUUGGUCAGACUACGGUUAUACGUAAUUCAUGGGUUGAUGGCAGUUGGGGCACAGAGGAACGCUCCGAUAUGGAGACUACUUUUCGUCCAGGCAAAACAUUUAGUUUAUCCAUUGUUCAUGGCUCAAAUAACUCAUUUGAGAUUUAUGUUAAUCAUGAGCUCUUGACGGAAUACAAAUUUCGCUGUAGACCUGAUAAAAUUGAUACGAUUUAUAUACAGGGUGAUAUUAAGCUAUUUGAUGUGGUUUUACAGCGUAACACAUCGUUCGAAAAGAUUUCACCACAUCGUAGAGCUAUAGAGGAUUUGUAAAUAAGCAUUUCUUACAUUCUUAACUUAAAAAAAUGAGCCUUAUUUAUAUAAGCUUAAGGAAUAGUUAAAAACUCUAACUGAAGAAGGGAAGGAUGAAACAAUAUGGAACACUA